AUGUAUGAGCAAAAUUCAUCCGCAGUUGAUGAAGAGUUGUAUGCAUUAUCACGUGGCCCAGAUGAUCGAGUUACAACACAUGGUGGAUACAUAGUAAAUGGAGUUAAAUUUCUUGUUAAGUCACGAGAUGAACAUAGGAAGACUCAGAAUUGUGGAGUUAUAGCCCUAGGAAUUCACGAUGGUGUUAAAGAGGAUUAUUAUGGAUAUGUUGAUGAAGUCCUUGAAUUUUCAUUCAUAAAAGGAUAUCGAGUUAUUUUAUUUAAAUGUAUUUGGUUCGAUACCGACCGCAGAAAGAAGCAUGUGAUGUUUGAGCCUCAUUUCAUCUCUGUAGAUACAACCAAACAAGCUUAUAAGGAAGAUCCGUUUGUCUUGGCAAAUCAAGCAAAACAAGUGUUCUAUAUAAAUGAUCCCACGCGUGCCUCGAGCUGGAAAAUCAUAGAAAGGAGCACACAUAGACAUUUAUGGGACAUACCAGAGAACGAGGAUACACAAGAUUUGUUUGAACAUGUAGGAACACCGUCACAAACAACCCCAUUUGAAGCAUCUGAUUGUGAAAAUUUCGAGUUUCAUCGAGAAGACGGCGAAGAAGAGUUUGUGGAAGUCGUUGAUGAUGAUAGUUUUGAAGUUGAUUUAGAUGAUUUUAUCGAUUAUGAUAUUAUCUCCAACGAAGUUAUUGAGGAAUUACCCGAUAAAUCAAACGAAGAUUUAGAUGAUAGCAAUGAAACAAAUUUGGCACUAUAUGAUGAGUCGGAUGAUGAAUAUGAAUAUGUUUAUUUUUUGUGUUUCUUUGUUGGUAAAAUGUGGAUAUUUCUUGUGUUGAUGAAGAUUGCUAAUCUCAGAGGUACGAAGCAUGUAAGGAAAGAACCUCGACAAAUUUCGGUUGUGUCAACUGGUGAAGAAAGUGGAAGUGAACUGGAUCCAAAGUUGUGCAUGCUUCGUACACGUAAACGUGUUAUGACAUCCGUUGCAUCAAUAGGAGCAACUGUUGCGAGAGAAAAUACUCGAUCAACUUCAUUUCAGCCUGCCCAAGAAGAAAGUGUCUCUAGAAAAACUUCUAAAACAAUUGAACGCCCUCUUUCUCAAAAUAUGGAAUCUUUUCCAAACUCAGGUGAUAUAGCAACAAGACAAAGUGGUUCCACCGAAGAUACUCAAAGAUUUUCAAUACCGUUAGUUGGUGAAGGAAAUGUCUCUAACACGACUGAUAACAUGGAAUCCCAAACUGAGCACUCUCAUGCUCCAAAUCAACGAAGGAGGCGAGGCCCUAAUAUUAAUAAAAAGGCUUCGCAUAUUUUGGACAAGAUUGUGGAGAAUCAACCAGAUGCACGGAUUACAUUGAGAAAAGAUACAUAUACUAAGAAAUUCGUUAGGGAUUCAGCAGUAUAUUUUGCAACGGAGGUUGGAAUUGUGAUGCGAAAGUUUUGUCCAAUGGAAUUCCAUACAUGGGAAAAAGUACCGAAAGAAAAUAAAGAAGAAAUGAUUGAUAGAUUACGUGAAAAAUUUGAAAUACCGCACGCAGAUAUAGUUUUGAUGGAAUGUGUAGAUGAGCAAAUGCGAAGGCAAUGGAAACGCACACGAAAUACUUUGAAAGAUUUUUGGAAGAAAAAUGGAGGAAUGACCGAUCCACAAUUAGCACGAUCUAAAAUGAAGCCAGAUUGUCGUAGCAAAGAAGAUUGGUCUCAUUUGUGUGAUUAUUGGGAGACAGAUAAAGCACAGAAGUAUGCUGAUCAAAUGAAAAAUAAUCGAGAAAAACUUGUGAUUUCAAGUAGAGGAGGUUCUCGAUCAAUAGCAAAUCACAAAUUUAGCAUGAAAAACAAAGAGACUCAAUUGCCUCCCACCCCAAUCAAAUUAUAUCAAAAGUUGCAUUUUCAUCCUACAAAGGAAUGGCUAAAUGAUGAGACACACAUUCAAUAUGAAAAUAUUCUCCAAAUGAAAGAGGAUGAAUGUACCAAAUUAGUUUCUGCGGGAAUAAGCAUUACUCCAGAAAUGGAAUAUGAAAUAGAGAAAAAAGCCGUUAAAACCGUUUGUGCAAGACAUAAAACAUUACUAUUUGGAUGGGAGGCUUCAAGUGGACCUAUUAUGAGGAAAAAAGAUCUACAUAUCUUAUCAGCAGCGGAACCAUCUCAAUCAGCCUCAACGGAUGAAAUGGCUUUGAAAAAUAAAGUUACUGCACUCGAGGAAGAGGUUCGAGAAAACAAAGAAAAAGUGAAACAAAGUGAGGAGAAAUGUGAAAAGAUGCUUCAAUUUAUGAUCUCGAAGUUCUCAGAUUCUCAAAACAUAUUAUGCCCGCCUGAUAAAGAAGGAUUUCGUGCAUCUGAUGACAUGCCAAACAUAUCAGAUGAAGAGUAA